UGUUCCUUUUGUUGCUGGCGUUGCGGUCACUCCGGCAUCUUAAUUGCUUCUCUUCCUGGUACCGAUAUUGUGCCCUCACCGUUUCCUCUCUGCGUCUCCUCCACAGAUCACCAGAAGCUGGAGCGGGAGGCGAGGAUCUGUCGUCUGCUGAAGCAUCCAAACAUAGUACGACUCCACGACAGCAUCUCAGAGGAAGGCUUCCAUUACCUUGUCUUUGACCUUGUCACUGGAGGAGAGCUGUUUGAGGACAUCGUUGCGAGAGAGUAUUACAGCGAGGCAGAUGCCAGCCACUGCAUCAAUCAGAUCCUGGAGAGCGUCAGUCACAUCCACCAGCAUGAUAUUGUGCACAGGGACCUCAAGCCAGAGAACCUGCUCCUGGCCAGUAAGAUGAAGGGAGCGGCGGUGAAGCUCGCGGAUUUCGGUCUAGCCAUCGAGGUGCAGGGGGACCAACAGGCAUGGUUUGGUUUUGCCGGAACUCCAGGGUACCUUUCCCCAGAGGUGUUGAGAAAGGACCCGUACGGGAAGCCGGUGGACAUAUGGGCAUGUGGUGUGAUCCUGUACAUCUUACUGGUGGGCUACCCUCCCUUCUGGGACGAGGACCAGCACAAACUGUACCAACAGAUCAAAGCCGGCGCAUAUGACUUUCCUUCCCCAGAGUGGGACACAGUGACCCCCGAGGCCAAGAAUCUGAUCAAUCAGAUGUUAACGAUUAACCCUGCCAAAAGAAUCACUGCCGACCAGGCCCUCAAGCAUCCCUGGGUCUGCCAACGCUCCACCGUGGCCUCCAUGAUGCACCGUCAAGAGACUGUGGAAUGUCUGCGCAAGUUCAACGCCAGGAGGAAACUUAAAGGAGCUAUCCUCACAACGAUGCUGGUGUCCAGGAACUUUUCAGUGGGACGGCAGCAUACCAGCCCUGCCGCUACCACCAGCACGGCCGCAAUGGCACAGGAAGCAUGCAAAACCUUACUAAACAAAAAGUCGGAUGGCGUGAAGUCGCAGGGAAACAACAGUAAAAACAGUGUAGUAAGCAGCAGCAGCACCAAAGACAGCAGCAUGUCAUCUUCAGCUCCAAUGGAAGCCCAGACAACUGUUGUACACAACCCAGCUGACGGCACCAAGGGCUCCACAGAGAGCUGUAACAACACAGAAGAGGAGGAGAUGAAAGGUAGGAAAGCGGCUGCCGGUGAGUCCACUAGUGCAGACAGAGCAGGGUUAACACAGUGCAGCACUGCUGAGGAGCAGGUCCAGACCCCGUCUCCUCACGGCCCUCCAGCCUCCUCUGCGCCCCUGCAGGAGGCUGUUAGCAGCCCCACUGCCCCCGUAGCUCAGACCAGUCCGGCUCAGAGCUCCGGUCCUGAACCAGAGUCCGCUCUGUCGCCCCCCGCAGGCAGCAGCAGCAACCUGCAGCAGACUCGUAAACAGGAGAUAAUAAAGAUGACGGAGCAGCUGAUUGAAGCCAUCAACAACGGGGACUUUGAGGCCUACACGAGAAUCUGUGACCCUGGACUGACCUCUUUUGAGCCAGAGGCCCUCGGAAACCUGGUGGAGGGCAUGGACUUCCACAAGUUCUACUUUGAGAAUCUUCUGAGUAAAAACAGCAAACCAGUGCACACCACCAUCCUCAACCCCCACGUCCAUCUGAUCGGCGAGGAUGCCGCCUGCAUCGCCUACAUCCGCCUGACGCAGUACAUCGACAGCCAGGGGCGGCCGCGCUCCUGCCAGUCGGAGGAGACGCGCGUUUGGCAUCGCCGCGACGCCAAGUGGCUCAACGUGCACUUCCACUGCUCAGGCGCGCCGGCUGCACCCCUGCAGUGAACUGACAAGCCAGGCAAGCUCUGCCUGAACUCUAAAGCUAUUUGGAGCAUUUAUCCUCCGUGGUCGGAGUGGUGCCGGGAUCUUGGCCGGGAAGAGGCUGCUUGGAAAACACAACAGUUGGAAAAAUACAUUACAAUUAAAAAAAAACAGAAUUUAAAAAAAAUAUUUAAAAAAACAUAAACCAAUAAAAAAAAAAAAAAGCAUAUUUCAAAAGCUUGACUGAAUGACCGACCACACCGACCAACACCAAUCCAGUCCAACCCUAGCUAGAUGAUGUUGGGGCCCGGCUGAUGUCAACCCCUUCUUGCAGAUGGUGCAUGCUUCUGGUGGCAACACAGGGGUGAUGCUGUCCUGGUCCUCUCUCCCCAUGGCCUUUAUUCCCCCCGUCUUUGUUUUGUCUGCCGUGUGGAAAAGUAUUAACAUGUUUUAAAAAAUCUAUAUAUAUAACAACUGAAAAACAAAGUACACUUCACACACUUAGUGCGUAUGACUGGGGCAGCAAGUAUAUCUGGAAAAAUGUGAUUUCUUUUUGUCUCGACAGAGCAGCAGAAAGUCUACUUUAUUACAAGUAUUGUUUGUUUUACACUUAAUAGGUAUAUAUGUGGGUGGGGUUUAUGGGAACGGGAGCAUAUCUAAAUAUCAGAAUUUAACAACAAUGUACGUGUCGUCUGCACACGAUGUUUGAACGGGGUUUAGGCGUUGUGAUGUGUUAUACUGAAGGGACCUUUGUUUUUAUUUUGUCUUUUUGUAUUAUGUGUUUUUGUUUUAUCUCCUGAAGAAGGGAUGAUAUUUUAAAGUAUUUUGUGUUGAGAGAUAAUUUUUAAUCAAAAGGGGAUUUUAUUUAACAGAAUUGUGUAUAAAAAGAUAUUUAUAUAGGAGAAAAGGGGAACCGUUCUUUGCUUUCAGGGUGUAGGGAGGGGAUUUUGGCAUGAGAGAGUGGGUGUUUUUCUUCCUUUUUUUUUGAUGUCCUGAGGUGUAAAUACAAAAACCAUAUUCACACACACAACAUGCAUGAACACACACACUUAAAGCCCCUGUGCUCCAGGCUUUGAGGUCGAGCCUCUCCUGAGCUUUAGACACAACGUCCAGGCCAGCCAAUCCUGAAGUUGCAGAAGGUCUCCAUCUGUCUGUCCUGCAGUGUUUGAACACUAGGUGGCGUCAUCAGUCCAAGUCUAGAGCUCAUCACAUGUUUGACUACCUAAUCUGAAAGCACGGACACUCUCACGCCAACUUCUUACUUUUUCCUUUGACUUGUUUUUGUGUGUUUUUGACGUGAAGCAUGAUUUCUUUGAACUAUCUAAUGGCCUGUACUGUUUUUGCACAGACACUUACGACUCGAUGCUGUUGUGUUUGCUCUUCUGAGGGAGUGAACCUUUCUGCAACUUCAGGUUACGCUUGCCAAAAUCCUUCCCUUCCACCCUACCUCUGCCCUUCUACUUCCAUCAUUCCUGCCUCUUAAGCUCUCCACGUCUGUUGUGACCUUCGCUAACCAGCCCCAUUACUGUCUUAGUAGCACCACGCCGUGUGAUGAUGAUGAUGAUGAUGAUGACGAUGUCACCCUUACGCCUGUCUCUUGUUCUGAUUGUGUUCUUAAAAGUUUGUAUAUUGUCCGUCUUGGCUUGCUGUACUUCGGUGUGAAGUCCUGGCACUAUUAAAAGCAUGUUAUAAAGAAAAUGCAGCCGAGGGAUCGGACACAAAGAAAGGCAUGAUGGGAAGAGGGCUAAGCCGUCUAGAGGGCUGUGGGACCUUUGCUGAUGGCAAUCAAAGACUUGGUCCCUUUUGUCAGUUUCUGUUGUAAACGUUGUAGUUGUUAGUGUUUUGAUGUUGAUAUUUUUAUCAGUUCUUUUAGCCAGAACUUUAAAAAAAAAAAAGUCUAAGGGGUUGAAAUGAAUGGAGACUGCCACAACCCCUUUGUAAACGCCCCUCACACACUGAUCGACACACACCGAAUGCUGUCAUCUUGAGACGAAAACUCCUUUUUGCUAAAUUACACGUAAAUUCACAGCAUCUUCUAAGCACAUGAGGUCAAAGAUUCUCCCUUUAAAAGAGGACAAAACAUAUCUGUGUGUCGGUGGUUACACUUUGCAGCACUGUUUUUUCACUGUCGUAGAAACCUUGUGAGUGUGUGACUUUGUACCUGCGGAGGGUUGAGGCUUGCUGUCCGUCCCGUCUCUGUGCGACGCUGCUCCAUAGUAACUCAUGCACUACGUAGGCUGUUGCUGCUGCUUCUCUACGAGCAGAAACCACAACGAUGCUUCAGAUCAUCACAUAUCACGUCUAUGUACCGACACCUUAAAGCAAACUUUAAAAAAACAAAAACUAAACCGUUGUGAAUCCUCCGUGAGCCCCGUCCUCCUGUACCAACCGCCUGUGCUUCUUUCUGAGUGCUGUGACAUAUCUGACAUGCCAUGAAAACUGUGUCUCCCCCCCCACCCUCCACUUUUUGCACCAUGACGACGCGUUGUAAAACCAGUACUAAAACUAUGUGAUGUUUUUUAUGGUUCUAAGUAGUUCUGUUCGUGCUGUGGGCGCCGGCCCAGUUGUCUGUUGAUGCCACCAUUCUGACAAGAUGCUUUUCUUUCAUUGUGUGUGUGUGUGUACUUCCACACAGUCAUGGGAAUGUCUAAGUACGACGCAGUUGAACUUUACAGGUUAUCUAUGAAGCAGGGGGACUGAUUUGGGGCGAAAAAAAACAGGUUUGCCAAAGUUUUUGGACAGUUGGUGUUUACGUUUUUGAUCAAUUCAAAUGAAGCCAAAACUUGUCAGCAGGUAUUUUGAUGUGUGGUCGCAGGAAAAGCUCGGGUAUAAACACCAACAUGAGUAAAGGCUCCUGGUACAGAUAGACUUCACUAUGUUAGUAGUUACACCUCUGCUUUUCCUGCUAUGAAAACAUUUGUUAGUGCUGAAGUUAGCCCACUCACACCUUUACUUUUCCAGUUACAUAACAGUGAUUUCCAACCUUCUGCCUUGUGACCCACCUCUUCACACAUAGGUGACAGAAAUUCAGUGAUUUUCUCGUCUCUGAUUGUUUAAUCUGGAUCAUAUUUACACGCCUGAAGACUUAAAUAUUAGUAUCAUAUCUUGUUAAAGGUAACCCGUGGAGUUUUUAACCAAUACCUGCACUAUGAAGCAGCUCUUUCAGUGCACGGAGGUAACACGAUACACAUUCCUGCCAGCGGUUUAGGUUGUUGCACUAAUCUACAGGUGGUAACAACAAGCCAAGAUAACGUAGCAAAGCACCAGCGGAGAAGACUAGUAAGUAAAUGUGGAUGUAAUUAAAGGCAUCCAAGAAAUUUGACUUUGCAAAUGUUUCAAGUAAAGAAAUGCACUUAUUCAUAAUUAUGUUGAGGAUAUGUUGGAUUGUUUUUAGAAAUACUGAACUCCACAUGACGCCUUUGAUCACGUUGUGAGCAGAUUUAUUUCACUCCAGGUUGGGAAUCACUGUUGUUUAUUAAACCAUCACGACGGCAUGCUUCUACUACACAGAGCUAAAAGACAAAAUAAUAAUCCAGCCUUGUAUAACAUGAGAUAGUAAAAGGUAUUUUUAAUGUUUUGCAUACUAGCUGAGGAUCUGGACACUGAAUCCCAGUCGAAUCAGCCGUCAGAGACCAAGAAAGAUAGAAAUGUUUUAUCGGCAAACAAAUACUGAACUGUGACGUUCAAUGCCACUCAAUUUACGGCAUUGAGUUAUUUUACUUUCAAAGUGAUCUGGUUUUGUUUAUCUGGUUGAAAUUUCAAAUACCUUUUUUUCAGGUUAACUUGUUUUUCUUGAAAGUUGAAUUUUCAUCUUGUAUGUUGGUGUUGAAACUUCACCAGUUCAAUUCAGCAACUUCAUUUUUUUUUACAUCUGAAAAUGACCAAAGUAAUCAGAGUAAAACUGGACGCUGACGAAUGCAGUAACACAUUUUUCUGGCCACUUUAGCUCCGUGGAAACUAGAUGUGUUGAUUCAGUAAACAGCUGCUUCAUCAGUUAUUUGUUGUAGUGUUUGGUCACCUGAUAAAUAUAAUUCCACUGUUGAAGUUUAAAUUAUCUGUGACUUCAUGAAACAGAGAAACUCAUCUUUUAAAAUCGGUUUUUAAAUUUGCACCGCUUCACUGAUUUCAAACCAGAUACGCUCACAUCAGUAGUGAAACAUUUCAAUGCUGUAGAUUCAGAUUUCAGCAUCGAUAUUAAGUCACAGUUUAGUGCUCAUUUGCUGAUAAAAUUUAAAUUAUAUUGCGAUUCACUGUAGUGUAACAGUGUUUGAACAUGACAGGGUAUCAACUGUUGUAAAUAGGAAACGUGACCAAAUAUGACCUUACCUUUGGGACGAUGGCAGGAACUACCUACAGGACAAAUCACAGCAGGUGAAGGAGCUUAUUGUUUUGCUGCAUUUACAUUUUUUUUUUUGUUGUAAAAAUGCAAAUGUGUGCAAAACUAAAAGUCCACAGUUCAAAUACUUUGGCAAAUGUCUAUUAACAAAAACUGUCCUGGACCGAAACGAGGGGCUGAAAAGAUUCUCGAAACGCUUCAGAUGUUGAAAAAGGACGAUUUAAAAACCACAAUCUUUAACAGCAACACUAUAUAUGCAGUUUUACAAAUGGAAGAAAUAUGCAUGUCUACUUUCUGGUAAUUUUUCACUGUUUACUUGAUAAAGAAAUGGAAAUCUAUGUUAUUUGCAUCCUCGAGGUUAUGAAAUGGCUGUCUGAGAUAUCGAAAUCCAGUGGUGUUAUCUCGCAUUAAAAUGCAUAAAAGAUGAGCAAAAGCCUUAGCUUGUAUGUGCCCCUUUGGAAGUCGGUUUAUUGCAUUGUAAGCUGACAGUAGAAGGGGCCACAUAUGUCUAUACUAUCAGUUUCAAUUGGAUGCUGGAUUUUUGCAUGACCAUUAAUAAAAAGCAUACAUUAAAAACUAUCAAGUGUUUGUUUGAAUGGUUGUUAUUCAUAGCUUUGUUAUUAUUGGAAAAUGAAAGAGUAUUUAAUAAAAAUAGCAUUUCAAUAUC